GAAUCUUGCGCCAUCGAUGGAACAUUCCCAAAGUGCUCCGCCGCACUGGAUAUGCUGUCGAGUUGCUUUCGAGCUCAACAUAGCCUGAUCUACCCUGGGCGUUCAAGUUGUCCUGAUGGCGAGGUAUCCCACUUCCACCUGCCACCUGAUCCCGUGCCCCAUUCACGCUGCUGUGAAUGCUGUAGUUCGUCCUGCGCUAUUUAAAUUGCUCUGCCGAAGACUCUAUUUUUCACCCCACCCAAGGACUUCACUUUGAAUACCACACUGCACCCCCACCGCACUGCGACUCGGCGAGACCCAAGUAUGACCAGUGACCACGCAACGGAUGACGAGAUCACCGUGACCAUCGACGAGUCACCCGAGACGCGUCCAGAAUGGGAUUAUUUGUUUUACGAUUACUCGCACUUUGGGGCCAUCCGCGACGACAGUCCAACUCAGCACUCGCCGCAGACAUCGUCUCCAUGUCGGACUCCAUCUCCCAGCGAAUCAUCGAAUGUCUCACUGCGACAGCUGACCCCAUCCCCAAACCUCUUCACUUCUGCUGGGUCCGACAGUGGGAUGGCGCCUGCUCAAUACGGACAGUAUCUCAAUGUCCUCCCCCCGGUCCGCUCGCUGGGAGAUCAUCAGGGGUACUCCACUUGUGGCCAUUCUUCCUCGGUCAACAGUCUCACUGAUAACCUGGAAACGAACCUGUUCUUUGGACUGAAGCCUCUGGCGCAUGCAGAUUGGCCUGACGAUUCCGGCCUGUCUCAUGUCCAAGGCGGAGCAUCUGACUGGCAGAUACAGCAACCCUAUCCACGCCAUCACCCGAGCACAUCCGAGGACGCAUUAUGGGGUAGCGAAGCUUCGUACUCUGCGGGUCCGACGAAUGAGCUCGGUGUCAUACCCGUACCGCUUCCCACCGGUCACAGCGACCACGCAUUGGGUAUUCAGCCUCCGCCGGAAUCCUUUCCCUGGACUCCUCCCAGCCCGUCUCGACCGGAUUCUGUCCCAGGCUUCACCUGUGGAAAGCCGGACAUUGAGUCCCAUCACUCACACUCUCCGUCCGGUGCAGCUGCUACUCCAGUCUUAUUCGAUGGGUCGUCCCACCCGGGACCCAGCAACUUCUUCAAGGCGAUAGUCGGAAGCGCAGCCCACAUUACAGCUGCUUUCAAGCGAAGGAAGGUGGCUGCCACAUUCGAGUGCCCGGUCUGUCCCCGAUCGUUGACUGCGCAACAUAAUCUGGAUAAUCACAUCAAGGCUCAUAAUGGUCACAAAGAGCACUGCCCAUAUUGUGGGCGGACAUAUGCCACCCUGUCAAAUACCGUUCCAGAAGAUAUCUUGGCGUAGAUUGUGUCUGGACUUCUUUCUGUCAAAUCCUGCUGUUUAUCGGAGCCCACUGCUAUAAGGUGGACAACUGUGUCUCGACUUUGUUUUGGAAUGAAUUAUAAUAAGACCGCCACUGUUGAUUCCAGUCCCUGUAAAAUUUCUGGUUUCAUGAUACCGAGGCCUUCGGUUUUUUUUCUUUGA